AUGAGUUUACAGAUUGACGAGACUGCUUUUGUUGAGGCAGCUCAAGGUAGUAACAAUUUACAGUUUAAAGAUGAGAAGCAGCAGGCUAGAUUUGAGUUGGGUGUUUCAAUGAUGGUUUACCGUUGGGAUGCAUUGGAUAUAGCUGUUGAGAACAAGUGGGGUGGCCCUGAUUCUGCUGGAAAGCGUGAUUGGAUUACUGCAGUUAUCUGUGAUGCAUUUAAGAGUGAAAAAAUCAUCGAUGUUGCCUAUAUUGAAGAAAUAUUAUUAUAUGCUAUGGUCGAUGAAUUCGACACUAAUGUCGAAGAUGACUCAGCAUUGCCUGUUGCCUCAGGAAUAAUCGAUCUCUACAAACAAUGUGAUUCUAUGGAUUAUAGUGGUGUUGAGCAUUUAUAUACUGAAUUUGAACAAAAACAAAAAUCCAAAGCUUCUUCAUCGAAUAGAAUUGUCCACAUCGAAAACGAUCCUUUGAAUCCAGAUACUUCAUCUUCCGAAGAAGAUGAAGACGAUUUAGAGGAAGAAGAUGUUGAAAUGGACAUUGAUACAGAAACAACUGUCAAUGCUGCACCUGAACCAAUUGUCGAUGACGAUGGUUUUGAACUGGUCCAAAAGAAGGGAAGAAGAAGACAAUAG